ACUCUUCACUCAGCGGCCACCGCCGCGUCCACCUCAGUCCCGGUACGGAUAAAAGCGCACAGAGGCGCAUCCUCCUCGGGAACCUACACACUUACCGCCCCGCCACACCUGACCGUGCCGAGGACGAACACGUUCGCCAAGGGCUACGGCCUAGCAAGCACACGCCCCCUGCAGUGGGCGUGGCGGGCAGCGAAGGAGCCCCCAGCUGUAUAAAGGCACGGCAGGGCGUCUGCGCAGGUAUGAAGUGCAGUGGAGCUGCUAGUGAAGAUGAGGAGCCUCGUGUUACUGCUGCUCGUUCACCUCGCAGAUACCGGCCCCGCUCCCGGCAGAGUGGCGAAAUGCAGCAGAACGCAGGACUUGAUGCCUACGGAAUGGUACGAAGUAUAUGAUUUCACUCCUUCAGCCCUGCGGGAUCUUGAUCUCAAGCUUAACCUUCAGAAUGGACCCACAGCUUCUCCUUCCCUGACCAUAAGCUGGUCUAUCAAUAUUGACAGUAGCAUUCACAAUAUUACUGGCACAUGGAUUGAACUGAACAUACGCUCGCUUUUGAAUCCUGAUCCAGUAAGAUACAGAUGUGACUACCAGCCUCCAUUCUCUUCACCAGCCGACUACGCUGGCUUAGAACAGCUUUGGUUCAGUUUCACAAGCACUGAUGUCAACAUUGAACCAGCUGGCUUUUACAAGGUCGAUGUCUAUAAUCUCCCUUCCCCACCGAUUGACAUGGGAGGAAAACAUUCAAAAGCCAAAGAGGUUCAGGCACCUGGAUGUGACAACACACAGAUGAGGACUCAAUCAGUAUGUUCAGUUUUGCGAGAUAUGGACAUUUAUGCUGUACCUGAGGGGGAAGAAAUAGUGGUCUCCUUUCAACCUCACUCUUAUUAUGAGAUUUAUGAUAUCCUACUGCAAAGAAAUGCAGCUAAUCUAAACCGCAUCAAGGUGCAGACGGAUGGAAAAAUCUGGAUUGAAGAGAGACUGAAGUAUUCUGGACCAUGUGAAAACCUUAGAAUAUCGGUAAGACCAAGUUUUAAAAAUUGUGGAGUUCAUUGUAAAUGGAUAUGGCGUGAGAUAGACUGCACAAAAAAGGAAAAAACAACACAACAACCAGAACCUGAAAAAGAACCUAAAACAGAACCUAAAACAGAACCUAAAACAGAACCUAAACCUCUGCUGAUCAGUGUUGGGUGUGCAGUAGCAGUAGCCGUUGUUUUGAUUCUUAUCUGCAGCUGCCAGCUCUGUAGACUGUGCAUAGAGUCCGGCUUUUCUAAGUGUGGGCUAACCUCUGUGUCCACGGGAUCAGUUGGGGUGUUGGUGGUGUACCCGGCAGUGGACAGUGUGUUCCAGCAUGCUGUAAUGGCUCUGGCUGACUUCCUGCAGAGCCAUAAAGGUUUGACCAUAGUCAUCGACAUGUGGCAAAGGGGCUGUCUGGCAAAGCAAGGUCCGCUCCGCUGGCUUAACUCACAGGCUGAUCAGGCCGAUAAAGUCCUCAUCAUCCUACCACCUCAACAUAACAACACCGUCAUCAGUGCUGACACAGACUGCCCAAAACAAGUUGUGGUGGCUGGCAUACCUGAUUACACAGUCCCAGCCUCAGCCCAUGAACUUUUCUCUUUGGCCCUGAACCUGGUGGCCAGCAGUGCCCAUGACCCCGAGCAGCAUCACAAGUUCUGGGUGGUGCGCCUGGGCCAGGGUGAGGAGCAGAGCACGGUGCCAGUGGAGCUCAGAGGCUGCAAAACCCUCAGUCUGCCCAAAGACCUAGAGAAACUCCCCCAGAAACUGGCUUCCAGACCAGGAGAGAGAUGCUCAAGUCCGAAAUGCAGGAUGUGGUCUUUCCAGUGGAGGGAAACAUCCAGAAAGGUCAGGCAAGCUUUACUGCAACUGGACAGGAGCCGUCCAAGCUGCUCAAAGGAGGAGAUGGUUCGACUCACUGAGGUGUAGUGCAAACCUUAGUUACGGUCAGCUUUUUUUCAGGUCUGUGUUCACAACUGAUCUCAGACCUGUGACGAUGUAAAGGGCAGUUACAUUAACAUCUGUUUAAAUUUAUUUACCCAUUGCCACUUUUUUCCCCCUCGUUUAAUUUGACGUUAUCAGCCUUCACAAUACUGCAGAAGAGAUGAAACAGUAUAAAAAUUGAAUGAUUAUAGUGACAAAUUAUUUCAGUAUUUUUAAAAUGUACUGAAAAUGUUCAAAACCUGCUGACACAUGGACUGAAGUCACUGGCUUCUGCCAUGUUUACACGGACAGAACAAACCCACGUUUGCACCUGCGUCUGGGAGACUGUUGCUGACUUUGGUUGAUGCUGGACAUCAUUUAAUGCAAGUUAACAUAAGUGCAGGAUUCAACCAAGGAUUUUAAUGCCAAUUCAAUACCAUGAAACCAGUAACUUUCAUCAGUACUGCAAAAGUGUAAAAUACUCCAACUCUAUUAUUCAGCCAAUAUUUAGGCUGGAACUACACGCCGUCACUGGUCCUGUAACCUGGACUGGUCACUGUACUGACGAACGCGUCACCAACUCACUCCAUUGUUACCAGCCAUGCGACAAGACCUGCGUUUUUGCAAAGCUAAAACAGCAAGGGUGUCCAAACUUAUCCACACUUGUCCAAUGUGUGUGCAGGUUUCUGUUCCAGACAAGAAGAGCACUGUUUUCACUCUUUAAUCAGUCAGUCUCAGUCUUUAAACAACUGAUCAGAUGUGCUGAUAACCCUGCAGCCACACCGGCGCUUUGCUGAUAAGACUGGACACCCCUGAUACGCAGAACUACAUAUAACUAGUAAUAAAACCAGUCUUGGUGAGCCAAGGCACAACGGCGUUAGUUUGUCACCAACAUAAGAUUGAAAACACUAAUAAAGCACUAAUGAAAGUUCAAAAAGGUGCAGCUAGGGUUGCAACGGUAUGAGAUUUUCACGGUAUGAUAACCGUCUCAGAAAAUAUGCGGUAUCACGGUUAUCGCGGUAUCCUCCACUGCUGCUGGUCCACAAGUCUGUGGUGGCUGAAUAACACACAGCUUCCUUUAGCUACAUGCGAGGGAUUUCACUGGUGGCAAAGUAUGUUCUUGAUGGAACUUGGUACAUUGGAACAGCUUUUUUCAUCAGGUGAAGGAAACCAGGUUUUUCCACUGCUCUUAAGGGCAUCAUGUCUUUGGCAAUAAAAUACGCCACAGCAUGAUUCAAUUCUUGGGCUUGUUUAGAUGAGGGAUCUAACUUAAUUCCCUUUGCAAAUGACUGUGUGACAGUUGGCUGAGCUGGAUCAGGAAAUUUCUUUGCACAGCUAGCUUGUCCCUAAACCAAUAACAGAAUAAUAAUAUGAAUCAAUUAUAUUU